GCCAAUUGUUAAUCAAACAGUAUAGUGUUUCCAUUGAUGUUUAGGAUAUCAUAAAUCAUCUUAUCAAUGCUAUGGUUACCAAAAUAAAAAAAUUGUUUUCCAUGUUUAUUCUUUCCUUAACCAGAGUUGUUGCUUCUCUUUCCCGUGUGCUUGAGGCUGCAUUCAAUGCACUAGAGGGUCUCAACAAACAAGCAUUCCUGACAGAGCUGGGAACACGCCUGCACAAAGGGCUGAUUAACCAUUGGCAGAAGUUCACUUUCAAUGCCAGUGGUGGACUACGCCUGAAGCGUGACAUAACUGAGUAUGGAGAAUUUGUUCAUAGUUUUAACGCCCCUUCUGUGGAUGAGAAAUUUGAGCAAUUGGGCAUCAUGGCCAAUGUCUUUAUCGUUGCUCCAGAAAGCCUCUCAACUUUGUUUGAAGGUACCCCCAGCAUCCGUGGAGAUGCUCAGAGAUUUAUUCAACUUAGGGAUGACUACAGGAGCGCUAAACUUGCAUCUAGGCUCAGCUCCUUAUGGUCAAGUUAAAGCUGAUAUGGAAGUGAUGUAUAGACACACCUGUCAAAUUUCGCAAGUAUCAAUCUUGGGCAGUCAACUCCGUGGCUCACCUAUGAGGUUGCCUAGUUUUGAUAGCACCAAAACCAGGUAUAGAGCUUUCGGGGAUAAAGUUCACUGCAAAGGCAAUAACCUCAUUGUUAGAAUCAACGACAUUAGAUUUUUGUUCUAUUUCCCCUCUUUUUUUUUUUUUCAUCAUUUUUAAAUGUAUAUUGUUGGAAAUAUGCAUUCGAGGAUACCAUAGAUUGCAUCUUUUGAGGCCUUGAUUUUACAUUAGUUUCUCAAUUUUCGUUUUGACCAUUCAAGGUUCGUGCCCUUCUGUAAAUUUUUAUUCAUGCUUGUUAUUAGCGAAAUGGGGGAAUUCACUGCAUGACUGUAGUUUUCGCUUCUUUUCAAUUUAUGUAAUCAAAUAAACUGUGAAUCUCCAU